AUUUGUAUGAGGAGAAUAAGAGGAAGGUGCUUUUGUGAAACGCGUAAUGCGUGUGAAUGUAACUCAGACGGCGGAUUUCUUUUUUUUCUCUCUCUGUCUUUAACCCGGAGUCGCUCGUUUGUGUUCCCGAAACAAGGUCUGAUUCCUGAAGACAUCCGUUAAAGCGACAUUUCAAGGCGAAGCGACGGCAAAGCAAAGCAAAAGGAUAAUAAAAGAGGGAAACACACACAGAGAGACUGAGAGAGAGAGGCGCGUUUCUCCAGGCUCCUCAGCCAUUUUGAUUGCACGCUUAAGGGGACUGUUUAUUUUUCUCUUUUGAAACAAGUCACUGGUUGCGUUUUUAAUAAUUGCAGCGGAUAAGUGUGGAAGAAAUGGAGCCGCUGUUGGAGAUCUAAGCGGACUAGGGUUUUCUUUAUUCAAAGGAGAGAUAAAAACCCGCAAACACGCACGGACUUGCCAUUUAAAAAGGUGAACCGGACGCGCAAUCAGACGACGGACGAUGGAGCGCUACCUGUCGGGCAUCUACCUGCUCCUGGCGCUCUUGACUCUGCGGCGAUCGAGCGGUGCCACGGCGAAGGAGCUGAGCUGCCAGGAGAUCACCGUGCCGCUGUGCAAGGGCAUCGGCUACAACUACACCUACAUGCCGAACCAGUUCAACCACGACACGCAGGACGAGGCGGGCCUGGAGGUGCACCAGUUCUGGCCACUGGUGGAGAUUCAGUGCUCGGCAGACCUUCGCUUUUUCCUGUGCAGCAUGUACACACCCAUCUGUCUGGAGGACUACAAGAAGCCGCUGCCGCCGUGCCGCAGCGUGUGCGAGCGCGCCCGGGCCGGCUGCGCGCCGCUUAUGCGCCAGUACGGCUUCCCGUGGCCCGACCGCAUGCGCUGCGAGCUGCUGCCCGUGCAGGGCAACCCGGACACGCUGUGCAUGGACUAUAACAGGACGGACACUACUACUGCCGCGCCAGUGCUUCCGAAACCCACGGGUUACCCGGGAAGGGUGCACGGAGGCUCCCGCGGCCCUAGCGGAGGGCAUGCCAAGCGCAAACCGGUGCCGCAGCCGUGCGAGGCCGGGUGUCAGUGUCGCGCGCCGAUGGUGCGUGUGAGCAGCGAGCGGCACCCGCUGUACAACCGCGUGAAAACAGGAAGAACCCCGAACUGCGCUAUGCCCUGCCAUAACCCGUUCUUCACCCCAGAUGAGCGGGCGUUUACAGCCUUCUGGAUCGGCUUAUGGUCUGUGCUGUGCUUCGUGAGCACUUUCGCCACGGUGGCCACGUUCCUGAUUGACAUGGAGCGUUUUAAGUACCCAGAGCGACCCAUCAUCUUCCUCUCUGCGUGCUACAUGUUUGUCUCAGUGGGUUACAUCGUUCGUCUGAUCGCGGGACACGAGCGGGUGGCCUGCAGCAGAGAGCAUGACGUUGAACACGUCCACUACGAGACCACUGGUCCGGCGCUGUGCACCGUCGUCUUCCUGCUGAUCUACUUCUUCGGCAUGGCCAGCUCCAUAUGGUGGGUGAUCCUGUCCCUCACGUGGUUCCUGGCAGCGGGUAUGAAAUGGGGCAACGAGGCCAUUGCGAGCUACUCACAGUACUUCCACCUGGCUGCAUGGCUGAUCCCGAGCAUGAAGUCUAUAGCUGUGCUGGCGCUGAGCUCAGUGGACGGUGACCCUGUCGCAGGCAUCUGCUACGUAGGGAACCAGAACCUGGACAACCUGCGGGGCUUCGUGCUGGCACCACUACUCAUCUACCUGUGCAUCGGAGCCAUGUUUCUGCUCGCUGGGUUUGUGUCGCUGUUUCGCAUUCGCAGUGUCAUCAAGCAGGGUGGCACGAAAACAGACAAGCUCGAAAAACUCAUGAUUCGCAUCGGGGUGUUCACUGUGCUCUACACGGUGCCCGCUGCUGUCAUCGUAGCCUGCUACUUUUAUGAACAGCACAACCGGCAGCGCUGGGAGGCAGCACACAACUGCGCCUGUGCUCUGGACCGUGAGCGUGAUGCAGAGAGGCCUGACUAUGCUGUUUUUAUGCUCAAGUACUUCAUGUGCCUGGCUGUGGGCAUCACGUCAGGCGUGUGGGUCUGGUCAGGGAAGACUGUUGAGUCAUGGCGGGCGCUGUGCACGCGCUGCUGCCGCUGCCGCUGGGCGGGCAAGGGUGCGAGCAGCUCGGCAUACAGCGACGUGAGCGCGGGACUGACGUGGCGCUCAGGCACAGCCAGUUCGGUCUCCUGCGCCAAGCAGAUGCCUUUGUCCCGGGUCUAGAGGAGCUCGGGUCAUCAGUUCCUGCUUUUUCCACAUUUCCAUACAAAUGGACUGCUGAGGAGUUUCUGUUAAGCGGAAAGACUGGCUGAAACAAUCGAACCCAUCAUCACCCCUCGUGUGUGGUUUACUUUCCUGCCAUUUCUAUUCAUAUGGACAUGACAUGCAAUCAGUGAUGCUUAGAGAGAAUUAGGCAUUGCAUUGUCCCAAGUGGUGCUGAACAUUUCCCCCAAGUCCUUUAGCAUUUAAACUCAAAGUUUUCUGUUUAACUUCUGUUUUUUAGUUUAAAGAAUGUCUAAACAAUCAAAAAUAUCAAAGAUGCUCUCUCAGAUAAGCCUUAAAAAGUCUUAAAGUUUUAGUGCUCAAAUAUUUCUACGGGUUUUUUUUUUUUUAUUAUGAUGUAUUUAUACAGUUCUGUACAAACUUGUAAAUUUUGUAUAAAAAGAAAAAAGGAUUUAUAAGAUUAUUGUAAAUUUGUACAUAGUGUAGAUGUCAUUUGAAGAAGACAAAUAUUGCUUUUAUUUUGACAAUAAAAUAUUUUGGAGAAAUCUUUAAAUCAGA